AUGAACAGCAAAUCGCAAUCAUCCAUCUAUCCCAUUCCUCCCAGUCACGCCAUCACUCCUGUUCCUCAAGUGUCCGAACUCAGAGCAGCGACUGCUCAAUUGGCUCUCUUGCAAGAGAUGAAGUUGGGUCCUUUUUGGCCUGGCAUGCAAGAUGAUCCUCACAACGCCGCCGCGUCUACCUCGGCCUCGACGACGACGACGACGACGACGGAGAGAAAGAGCGGAUUGGAAUUGCCCAGGUAUUCGGAUAGGUACAAACCAAAAGCUUUGA